UGCACGUCUUUGCCUGUAGCCUGCAUCCUGCUGUCUUUGCCUAUCCCGUGCUCACCGAUCUCACCGAUCUCAUUGGCUCUAUCCAUCUAUUCUACCAUUAGAUGGCGCCGUCUAUGGAUAAUUGGAAGCAUAUCGUUCUGGGAUCGCGGUCCGCUACCUACUGUGUCGCCUUCGUUGUGUUCUGUUUUCUUUGGAUGCUUCUUCGGCUGCGCAAUGCGUCACACAUUGCACUCCAGCAAGACGACGUUGAGAGAGUGUCUCCGGUGCCCCUGGCUGGUAUUCUAGUUACCAGGGACUUCAAGGCCUCGGUAAAAUAUCUCGAUGCAUCCCAAGCGACCCCAGAAGCCCAAGGAUAUUCUGCCUCGAUCUGGCCCUGCAGGCGUCCUGAGCAGUCAUUUCUACAUACCAUUCUUUCCUCCGUCCUCUAUCGCAAGCCCGACCCAACGGAGAACGGAACCCCGCAGUCUCGCAUUCGUCAAAAGGCUCCACCCUCUGAUUCCUCCUGAGACGAAGAUCUCUUAAAUAGCGGCAAAGCUCGUGGGGGUGCGGCGAGCAAGGGCAGGGCUAACGGUGAGGGGGGACGAGGCAGGCUUGUCAUAGCGAAGAUUUAUUCCAACGUCACGAAGGCUAUGUACACGGUGCAGAUAGUGAAACCAUUUUUUUCAACCAUGCUUGGCGCGUUGUUCUCAUGUCUCCACGGUCGGACACCCCUAGCUGUUGGUUGCGGAGCCGGCGCGACCUUUCUUCUUCUUCCUCUGAGGGCUCUUUGGCUCAGCCUGGGAUAACGUGUCUAGAGUAAUUUGCUGAGACUCCCCAAUGUCCUCGUUCAGACGUUGUUGCUCGAAAUGCUGAGAUAAUCCAGACGUUGCUGAGGUUAAACCCCCGCGUUCAGAACACUGCCAAGUUUUGCGAAACGGAUUGCCUGAGGGA